CAUGACUUCCUCAUUCGCACCCGUGCGUCGCUUCCUCUUUCACUCGUUGGCAUGACUCUUCCUCAAAAGGUGACAGCGGCGGCAGAAACAGCAACGCAAAGAAAAGUACUUUCUGGAAGCAGAACCUAAACCUUACCAGAAACCCAACCCGGAAAAGAAGAAGAAACGACGGACAGAGAGGUUAAAGCUACGGCCUCUUUCGAUGUGCUGUCCUGCCGAGACGAGAGUAGAGGAGUUCAUGACUGGGAUUGUGCGGCAAUUGUGUGUAUUUCUCAGAUGUGUGCGAAUGUAGGGUAUGUGUGUGGGUGCACCUGCACACGGGUGGGUGGGUGUGAUAAAGACACCGAAAUAGCCAGAAAGUGAGAGAAAGAGAGAGAGAGAGAGAGUUGGAGAGUGCGUGUGUAUGUGUGUAUGCGCCUGUGUGCGUGCUAUUCACCAUGUCAGGAGACUCGGGCACCCUAUCCUGGAAGAGCAACUCCUCGGUCACCAGCCAGUCCAACUCCCUGGAAGGCUCCCCAGUCGGCAGUGCCCCCCCACACAGGGACGGAGGCCUGGCCCCCUUAACCCCCAAGAUCGUCAAAGUGUGCUUCUUCGGCCAAGGGUCCAACCUGGGAUCCAACUUCAAGCUGGUGCGCUGCGAAGAGGGGUGGACCAUCAGGUCCAUCAUCAGCGCGGUGCUGAACAGCGGCUGCGUGGGGCCGGACAUCAGGUACCCGCUGUGCUAUGGGCUGCUGCUCCGCCACCUCAAGUCCGCCGCGGAGCACUGGCUGCACCCGGGCCUCAGCAUCCCCGAGCUCACGCACAGCUACGAGCGGCAGCACCUGGAGGCCGAGUGGAGAUACGAUUUGAGAAUAAGAUACAUCCCUCAAGACUUCCUUGAGAAAUUCAAGGAAGACAGAUCAUCAAUGCUCUACCUUUACCAGCAGGUGCGCAGCGACUACAUGCAUCACUAUGCCACCAAAGUCAGCGAUGGCAUGGCACUGCAGCUAGGCUGCCUGGAAAUAAGACGCUUCUGCAAAGACCUGAGCCUCAACGCACUUGAGAAGAAAUCGAAUAUUGAACUUUUAGAGAAAGACAUUGGGCUGGACGUGUUCUUCCCCAGAGAAUUGAUUGUCAGCAUGAAGCCCAAGCAGCUUCGUAAGAUGAUCCAGCAGACCUUCCAGGGCUACUACACCCUGACGGAGGAACUCUGCAUCGCCCGCUUCUUCACCACACUGGCUCAGUGCUACUCCUUCACCCAGGAGAGCUUCCCCUGCCAGCUGGUGCAAGGUUGGAGUCUUUCAAUUGACCUGGUGAUCAGCCCAGACGGGAUCAGCCAAAGAGCAGACAAGGAGUCACUGCCCGUCCUGCUGGCCAGCUUCGGCCAGGUCCGCAGCAUCCAAUGCUCCAAGGAGAGCGACGGCCGCGCCAUGUUGAACGUCCACAUGGAGGGUGCCGGCCAGCCCCUGUCAGUCAACAUCUCUUCCAUGGCCAUGGCUGAAAACAUGGCCGACAUCAUCGAUGGCUACUGUCGCCUACAGACUAACUCAGAAAACUCCCUCAUCGUCAGGCCGAACAAAGGAAGAGAAACAUUUGCACUGCCUGACAUCCCCAAGGGUGAAUCUCCAGUUCGGCCUUGUACAGACAAUCGAGUCGGUUCUGAUAUCUAUGAGGAGAUUCCUGAUGAAGCAAGGUCUCGCGACCGUAAACAGAGUCUGGACAGAGAUGACAUCGUUCUUGGGCGAAUACUUGGCGAGGGUUUCUUUGGAGAGGUGCAUGAUGGGAUUUAUAAAGACCCUACAGGGGAGAGGAUACGUGUGGCGGUAAAAACAUGCAAGGACUGCUCGGCUGACGUGAGAGAGAAGUUCCUCAGUGAAGCCGUGCUGAUGAAGACCCUGAACCACCAGCACAUCGUGCGUCUGGUGGGGGUGAUCGAGUGGGACCCCGUCUGGAUCGUCAUGGAGCUGUACGAGCACGGGGAGCUGGGCUCCUACCUGGUGCAGCAUCAGCGCAGCCUCACCCCAGCCACCCUCAGCCUGUACUGCGUCCAGGUGUGCAAGGCCAUGGCCUACCUGGAGGGGCUCAACAUGGUGCACAGAGACAUAGCGGUGCGGAACGUGUUGGUGGCGUCCCCAGACUGCGUCAAGCUGGGGGACUUUGGUCUGUCUCGCUUCAUCGAAGAAGAGGACUACUACAAAGCCUCACUCACUCGAUUGCCGAUCAAGUGGAUGGCCCCCGAAUCAAUCAACUUCAGACGCUUCACCACGGCUAGUGAUGUCUGGAUGUUUGGCGUCUUUGUGUGGGAGGUGCUCUCCCUGGGCCAGCAGCCCUUCUUCUGGAUGGAGAACGGCCAGGUGAUCAACCACCUGGAGGCCGGCACCCGCCUGCCCAAGCCGGACCUCUGCCCCCCGCCCCUCUACAGCCUGCUGGGCCGCUGCUGGGCCUACCAGCCCGCCGCCCGGCCCAAGUUCAGCCAGCUGGUCUGCACCCUGAGCGACAUCCAAAGAGACGAGGUAGAACUGGAGUCCAGCAGGAAGCUCAGCAGAACGCACUCUCUGCCCCGCUUCAGCAGCCUGAACGGCUCCGUACCCCCACCUAAGCCUUCCAGGUUACAUGGAAACACCCUUCGUCCAAGCAAAGAGGGGAAGGUGCACGAGGACAGCAGGUCUCCGUGGGAGAGGGAGAGGGAGAGUGUUGAGGACACCCUGUGGAGACAGAAACAGGACAUGCUGAGAGACAGAGAGUGGCUGGAGCAAGAGGAGAGACAGCUGCCCCCCGAGACGAGAUCUGGAUCAGGUUCUCCAUCAGGUGCUCAUUCAGGUCCUCAUUCAGGUUCUCCAUCAGGUCCUCAAUCAAGCCCUCUGUCAGGUCCUCCAUCAAGUCCUCUCUCAGGUCCUCAUUCAAGUCCUCCCUCAGGUCCACAUUCAAGUCCUCCAGAGAAGCCGCCCAUGGAUGGCUCAGUGAAACGGCCCUUGCCCACAGCAGAGAUGGACAGGUCAGGUGACCAGGUGUACAGCAGCGUCAUGGAGAUGGUGAAGGAAGUGGUCCGCCUGAAGAACGACGUCAAAACACUGUCUGCCUCCGAGUAUCCAACCGCUGUGAAGGCGGUGGGGGUCAACCUGCGUACCCUGAUCCAGAGUGUGGAUGAGAUCCUCCCAACCCUGCACAGCUCCGUCAGGAACGAGAUCAAGGGGACCGAGCGCCUGCUCAACAAGGACCUCGGCGAGCUGAUCAGCAAGAUGAGGCUGGCCCAGCAGAACGCCGUGACCUCGCUGCGGCAGGACUGCCAGCGCCAGAUGCUGGCCGCCGCCCACACGCUGGCCGUGGACUCCAAGAGCCUGCUGGACGCCGUGGACCAGGCGCGGGUCAGGGCCAACCUGGCCCGGCCCGCCGACGCCGACGGCGCCACGGCCAGGCCCGACUCGGAGUCAGGCCUGGACUCGGACCUUGAGGCCUGACAGGGGUUUUCAAAAGGAAGUCGCGGCGGGAGACUUCACGCGGCGGGACUGUUGUCAGGGGAUACAGCUUUAUCAAAGUUAAAGCCCUGAUGGAGAGCAGGGGGAGGGGAUAGUCAGGCCAAAUCAGACGAUCUCUGCCAUUGUCUCUCCCUCCGUGAAGCCCCCUUCCAUAGGCUCCUCCCCCCCCCCCCCCCCCACCACGCCACUCUAUCUCUGUCCGUCCGCUCCCUUCCAUAGGCUCCCCCCCCCCACCACCACGCCACUCUAUCUCUGUCCCACCCCCCCACCUCCACGCCACUCUAUCUCUGUCCGUCCGCUCCCUUCCAUAGGCUCCUCCCCCACCAUGCUAUCGUUUCUCCGUCAGUUUAAAGUCCCCCGGCCCGCCAGCAAUCGGCGCCACAGUGAGUCUCCUAGAAAGAAGGUUAACAGCUUAGAUUAGGUAUACCCUGGGACUGUUACUCCUGUGGAGGGCUUGGACUGUUGCAUCUUAAUGUUAGAAGAGUGGUGCCUGAAAUGGAUUUGAUCGAGAACUGUGUGCUGCAAACGAAUCCUGAUGUUGCUGUUGCAACAGAGUUGUUGUUAAGGAUUAUACAAUUAAGUUGGAUAAGGGUUUGUAUUCAGAUGUGAUAGAAUGACAUGUGAAGAGACGAAGAAGCGCCCUUCUCUUUAAUGUAGAUGUAGCCAACUACAUUAAAGAUAUCCUGGAGGUUGCCCAGGGCAUCCACUGCACUGGUGCACUCAAAUAUGAAAUCUUAGUUUUACCAGGACCAACUCUUGGUCCUGGUUGCCAUUUUUAACCAGGACAAGACAGUACACAAGAUGUUUUUUUUUACUUCCCUACUGUUUAUUUGUGCAACUGCAUUUUGUCUAAGUGGCCACCAUAUUCAGUUUUUUAUUUUAACUGACUUUAAAUAUGUUUACAUAUAUAUACAUUUAGAUAUAUGUAAGUAUAUGUGUGUGUGUCUGUGUGUGUGUGUCUUUUACUUUCUGUAGGCAUCUGUGGAGAAUUGAAUGAAACAUUCAUUUCAGGGAUUUUUGGGUUUUUCGAUGUUUUUCAAUUUAUUCUGAAAAUUUUGCCUCUAUUUGGAUAUAUAUUGACGAACAUAAAUAUAGUUUAUAAACA